UUUGGAACUUUUAACCGAGCCUCGGCUCUCGGCUCCCGGGAGGUUCCGUCCGCCGCUGCCGGGGACCGCGGUGUCGCCGGGUGCAGGAUGAGUGUGAUCGACCACGUGCGGGACAUGGCGGCCGCGGGGCUGCACUCUAACGUGCGGCUCCUCAGCAGCCUGCUGCUCACCAUGAGUAACAACAACCCUGAGCUGUUUUCCCCGUCGCAGAAGUACCAGCUCUUGGUACACCAUGCAGACUCUCUGUUUCACGAUAAGGAGUACCGCAAUGCUGUGAGUAAGUACGCCAUGGCUUUACAGCAGAAGAAAGCCUUGAGUAAGACUUCCAAAGUGCGGCCUUCCACUGGGAAUUCUGCAUCUACCCCACAGAGCCAGUGUCUUCCAUCUGAAAUUGAAGUGAAAUACAAAAUGGCUGAGUGUUAUACAAUGCUGAAACUAGACAAGGAUGCCAUUGCUAUACUUGAUGGGGUCCCUUCAAGACAAAGAACUCCGAAAAUAAACAUGAUGCUGGCAAACCUGUACAGGAAGGCUGGUCAGGAACGCCCAUCAGUCACCAGCUAUAAGGAGGUCCUGCGGCAGUGCCCUUUGGCCCUGGACGCCAUUCUAGGUUUGUUAUCCCUGUCCGUGAAAGGCGCAGAGGUGGCGUCCAUGACGAUGAAUGUGAUCCAGACCGUGCCCAACUUGGACUGGCUAUCUGUGUGGAUUAAAGCGUACGCUUUUGUGCACACCGGAGACAACUCGAGAGCGAUCAACACCAUCUGGUGGAUGGAUGUUUACGGCUACCUCCUGGCACGAGAAGGGCGGCUAGAGGACGUGGAGAGCCUUGGCUGCCGCCUUUUCAACAUUUCUGACCAGCAUGCAGAGCCCUGGGUGGUCUCCGGAUGCCACAGCUUCUACAGCAAGCGCUACUCUCGGGCCCUGUACUUAGGUGCCAAGGCUAUCCAGUUGAACAGCAACAGCGUCCAAGCUCUGUUACUCAAGGGGGCGGCGCUUAGAAACAUGGGGAGGGUCCAGGAAGCCAUCAUACACUUUCGGGAGGCCAUCAGGCUUGCGCCUUGUCGCUUGGACUGUUACGAAGGUCUCAUAGAGUGUUACUUAGCUUCUAACAGCAUCCGAGAAGCAAUGGUGAUGGCCAACAAUGUUUACAAAACUCUGGGUGCAAACGCUCAGACGCUUACGCUGUUAGCCACCGUGUGUCUGGAAGAUCCAGUGACCCAGGAGAAAGCCAAGACUCUGUUAGAUAAAGCCCUAGCACAGAGGCCGGGCUACGUCAAGGCCGUGGUGAAGAAAGCGGAGCUGCUCAGCAGGGAGCAGAAAUAUGAAGAUGGAAUUGCUCUGCUGAGAAAUGCGCUGGCCAACCAGAGCGACUGUGUCCUGCAUCGGAUCCUGGGGGACUUCCUAGUAGCUGUGAACGAGUACCAGGAAGCCAUGGACCAAUACAGUAUAGCCCUGAGUUUGGACCCCAAUGACCAGAAGUCUCUCGAGGGGAUGCAGAAGAUGGAGAAGGAGGAGAGCCCCACGGAUGCCACUCAGGAGGAAGAUGUGGACGACAUGGAGGGGAGUGGGGAAGAAGGGGACCUGGAGGGCAGCGACAGUGAGGCAGCACAGUGGGCUGACCAGGAGCAGUGGUUCGGCAUGCAGUGAAGGCGCAGUGGCAGCCCCUGGUGUUCCUAGAGUGACUGAUGCUGUCGGAAGUGUGCUCACAGCGGGGCUCCCUGCCUGUUUCCCAGUUGUAGUUGGGACUGAUGUCUACCGACCCCUUUGCUGAGGACUGAUUGAGUUCCAAGCUGCAGACUCACCCUUCUGACGUACCCAGUGGGCGAUGCUGCUUUCCCUUUAUGAGGGGUACACAGGACUGAGCCAUCCUCUUAAGGGCACAUGCACCUGGUGGCCCUGUCAGAGGUAUCUGGCUCCUGGGAGUCAGGGUCCUCCUCGCCACACUCCCCAUAGUCACGGUGUUCCGGACUCGGGCACCGAGCUUCACGGACUGCAGAGUGCUUGGCCUCAGUGGGCAGAUCUGAGGACCAGAUGAUGGGAACAUGGCCACACACACGACAGGCUCACCUAAUAAAACUGUUCAGUGUGGUGGCACGUGUCACAGUGGACACCCUUUGAGACUCUUCCUUUUUCCGCCUUGUCAGAGUCAGCCGUGGGGGCCUAUUCAUGUACGCUCUUCUCCCGUGUGCUGGGUGGCAGAGCCCUGAGCCUGUCACAUAAACCAGCCUGGCUUUCUGCCUCUUCCUGGAGGAUCCUCCGCCACUGGGAACAGGUCGGCUCGCCCUCCGUCCUGCAUCUGCAGGUGUGAAGCCUUUCACGAUGCAGGUCAUUGCUAGGAGUGUGAGAGAUUGGUUCACUGAACAACCAGUAACAUCAGAACAUUGUCAACGCAGUGAAAAGUGGGCCAGGGUGGUCGGUCUGGUGGAGACACAUUCCAGAAGCCUGAGGCGUGACAGUUGAGAUGUGCUGGGCUACAUAGCAAGACUUGUCCUAAGAUACACGAUAAAUUAAAUGGACCAGGUCUCCGGAAAGUGUACCAGUGUGAGCUUCAGCCUGUGCACGCUAGCUGUCCCGAGCCAUCUCAGGCUCCCUAGGCAGCAUGUGGGUGGGGCUUUUCCUGGCUUGGCCCCACCGGCAGCCCCACUGACCAGUCAGUGCUGAGAGAGAAGGCAAAACCCUUCC